AUGGCGACUCAAUUCACCAUGCAAGACUACUACAGAAACACACAAAUGCUACAAGCUGAGGCCGGCAUGUCGAGACGGUGGAAUGACGAUGAUGACUCGAGUAUCUUGGAUGAUAACAUUCUUGAGAGCACUAUCGACACAUCUGCAUUUGAAUCUCCCGUUGACACAAGGCGGCCUUCUAUGGCUGAUGCAGCCAUCUUUUCCCCUCAACUUCAAGCCGGAGACUGGGACUUCCUCAACGGCAUGAGCGACUCUUCUCCUAUGGCUUCGGGCUUUGAGAACAACCCAUUUGUCAAGAUGGAAGCCAACGGCUCUCAGUUUGGUGCCGCUGCUUCCUGGGAUACUAUGGUCGACCGAUCAGAGACUGCUACUCCAGUUCAGGCUACUUUUGGUGGUCAAGUUCAAAACUUCAACUUCGACGGUGCUGACUUCUCAGGCUUCACACCUUCGACACAACCUUUUGAGACUCCCAUCGCUCCUGCCAUCACUCCUGCUCCAGCUAUGCAGGCUGAGGCUUCCAACGAGCUACAGAACAUUGCUUCCAAUCCAACAAACGGUGUCAAGAAGCCAAAUGCCCCAGUCCGACCUGGCAGCCCACAACUAAGAAUCCACUCCCCCAUGCACAUUCGACGGGAUGGAAUCAGAAAGAAGAAUGCCCGCUUCGACAUCCCAGCUGAGAGGACAUUAAUGAACAUCGAUGCCCUCAUCACUCAGUCCACCGACGAGGGUGAGAUCAAAGAGCUCAAGCAACAAAAGAGGCUUCUAAGAAACAGACAAGCAGCUCUCGACUCAAGGCAACGCAAGAAGCAGCACACUGAGCGUCUUGAAGAAGAGAAGAAGGUCCACAGCGCCAUUAUCCUCGAGCUCGAGGAGAAGAUGAACUCUUUGGCCGUCCGUGAAAAUGAAUGGAUGGAGAAGGAGGCUCAGUGGAUGCGUGAGAGAGAGAUGUUCGAACAUCACCUCAACUACGCUCAGAUCCAGAACGAGGAAAUUGUUCGCAAGCACACUUUGGAGACUGCAGAGCUCCGAAAGAAGAACACCUUCCUCGGUCAGGAACUUGACCUCAUGCAAGAGAAACUCAACCAAGCUGCCAUGCAUGCUCAGUCCCCCGCUGGUGUCAACUACACCGAAGAGUUCACCUUCGAUGGCAUGCCAAUCGAUUCCUUCUGGGAACCACCAAGCUUCAACGACGAGGCAAACAACUUCCUCAACGUCCCAGACGUUGCAGAAGUCAAGCUCGCUCCAAAGAUCUCAGAGAUCAAGGAAGAGGAGAAGCCAGCCUCUGGCCUUCUCUUCUUGCUUUUGCUCUUCGGUGCCUUCGUUGCUUCCAAGGGUACUCAGAGCAGCGCUCUCCCACCAGUUCCACAACCACUCCAGACCGCCUCUGCUGCUGUCUUGAACACCAUCUUCGAGGAUGCUGGUGUUAAGCCAACCAACACCAUCGCCACUGCUGAUCCACGCAAUGUCGAGCUCUCCAUUGGUCCUUCUGUCACUCAACAGGUCUCUGAUGCCUGGGUUGUUCCAAAGACUGAAUCUUCCCAGCUCAUCGGUCUUGGCCCCUCUUUGGCUGUACUCAACGCUCACCUCGAACAACCGAAGACUCGUUCGCAAGAAGCUCAGGAACUUAUGAUGCUUACUGCUGCAGAGUACGACGAGGUUACGUCGAAAGAAUUCCUUCGCGAGCCAGAGUACACUACCUCUGAGGGUCGUCAAAACCUCCAGGCCACCUUGAAUGCUCUCCGAAAAGGUCACAACAAGCCCACUGUUGCUGAGGUCUACACCCGAUCCCUCCUUUGGGAUAAGGUUGACGCCGAGGUCGUUCGUCGCUUCGCUGCAUAUGCUCAAAGCACUCGUGCUGAGUCUGCUUAA